GGCGAUCGCCUCGAAACUUGACAGCACUUUGCAACGAAAAGGAGGGCAUAGCAAAGUCGGCCACCGUAGUACCUCCGACAGCCCUCUUCCGGAGGUGCUCAGAGUCGUCUGCUUAGCGGCGACCGACCCAACAGCAUGCCGCAGAACGAGCACAUUGAGCUCCACCGGCGCCGCUAUGGCUACCGGUUGGAUCACCACGAGCGACUGCGGAAGCGCAAGGGCCGUCAGGUCCACGAAGAUGCGCAGAAAGCGAAGACUGUCCGUGGCCUCAAGGCCAAGAUGCUGACCAAGAAGCGCUACUCGGAGAAGGUGCAGAUGAAGAAGACCCUCAAGAUGCACGAGGAAAAGCAGACGAAGCAGCGGGGGCCCGAAGCCGCCGCCCAGGGAGCCGUGCCCGUCUACCUGCUGGACAGGGAGAACCAGUCGCGCGCCAAGGUUCUCUCGAACAUGAUCAAGCAGAAGCGGAAAGAGAAGGCGGGCAAGUGGGACGUGCCGGUGCCGAAGGUCCGCGGCGUCGGGGAUGCGGAGGCCUUCCGGGUCCUCAAGACUGGCAAGCGGAAGAAGAAAGCCUGGAAGCGCAUGGUGACGAAAGUGACGUUUGUCGGCGAAGGCUUCACGCGGAAGCCACCCAAGUUCGAGCGCUUCAUCCGCCCAAUGGCGCUGCGCUUCAAGAAGGCGCACGUGACCCACCCCGAACUGAAGGCCACCUUCUACCUGCCGAUCAUUGGGGUGAAGAAGAACCCGAGCUCUCCGCUCUACUCGCAGCUGGGGGUGGUGACUCGGGGCACGGUGCUCGAGGUGAACGUGAGCGAGCUGGGACUGGUGACGCGGGGCGGCAAGGUAGUCUGGGGAAAGUAUGCGCAGGUGACCAACAAUCCGGAGAACGACGGCUGCAUCAACGCCGUCCUCCUCAUCUUUGUGAAAACUCUCACGGGCAAGACCAUCACUCUUGAGGUCGAGCCCAGUGAUACCAUCGAAAAUGUCAAGGCUAAGAUCCAAGACAAGGAGGGCAUCCCCCCUGACCAGCAGCGUCUGAUCUUUGCGGGCAAGCAGCUGGAGGAUGGGCGCACCCUGUCGGACUACAACAUCCAGAAGGAGUCGACCCUACACCUGGUGCUGCGCUUGCGUGGCGGCGCAAAGAAGCGCAAGAAGAAGAACUACACCACUCCCAAGAAGAACAAGCACAAGAAGAAGAAGGUCAAGCUGGCCGUGCUCAAGUUCUACAAGGUGGACGAAAAUGGCAAGAUCACUCGCCUAAGGCGGGAGUGCCCCAGCGACGACUGCGGAGCCGGUGUGUUCAUGGCCGCCCACUUCGACCGGCAGUACUGCGGAAAGUGCUGCCUCACCUACGUGUACAACAAGCCCGACGAGAAGUGAUGGCGCGUCCGCUGGUCAAAAUAAACCGGGGAGAAAACAA